UUAGCGGCUGACUUUACUUCACUCGUCGCAAUAUUUUAUGUUGAUAAGGAAAUCGACUACAAAAAGUACUCCCAGUUCUCGUGUGUGUUUUACUGUUUUGUAAAUCAAAUUCUGUAAUCCUUUUUGUUCGUACGGUUUGUAAUCCACUAAGAAAAAAUGGCACAUGAAGAAGGAGACCCAGCCGAAAUCGCAAAAUUGACCGGUGUCGGCAAAUACUUCAACACUCUUACGACCAAGGGACGGGUUAACAUUGUAUGUGCGACCUAUGGAACCAUUGCUGUUGGAUAUCUAUUAUACAAACUGCGCAGCCCAAAAGCAGAAAAACCAAGUUCUUCGUCUUGAAUACAAUUUUUAAUUAAUUUUAGAGAUGCUUCUUAGAUUUAGGUUAUAUGUUUUGAUUAUUAUUUAAGAUUAAUUUCAUAUAAAAAGAAUUAUAAUUAAGGAAUCAUAUAAAAUAAAGAUACUGCAAUGUUCUUUAUUUAGCUUGAAUGUUUAUAUUGUAUUCAGUUUACUUGGAAGAGAAUGUUUAAUUUACAACAAAUUUAUAUACACCGUACGGAUAACAGCAAAACAGAAAUAGAUCUAUGAUUUAAUUAAAUUAACGUUCAUCCAUUUGUUUGUCUCUUGUUAUAACAUGGUCUUCAAAUUUUACCAUAUAUGUAGUACCUUUGUGCCAAUGUGCAGUGACUUUAGCAUUCUAUAAAAUAACAAAAUAUAAAUAGAAGAAUAGUUAUUUGAUCAAGAACUAAAAUAACAUACAUGUUUUGACAUUUUGUUAACAAGAACCUGAUAUGAAUAUAUAAAAAUAACUAUGAAUAAAACAAGAUGAUUCUA